AGUCGAAAUCAAUAUUAAAAACAAGAAGGCUCAGGGUACUAUGUUGUGCUUUUAUCAAAAAUAUAUGAUCUAAUUUUUAGAAUCAUACAAUCACCAAGCCUGUAUCAUGACGUUCGACUUAAUAUUAAGCUCCCUUCUUUAUCAUGAAAGAGAAUGGUUUGUAUUUCAAGACAUUUUGACGCAUUUACCUCAGGAGAAUGCAGCCGAGGCAAGCCAACGUUCAAAAACCACUCCAAAGUACACCUACCGCUUUGGUAUAACAAAAGAUUGGGUGACUGGAGAUGGCAAAAGAGAUCUCAUUGAUCGCCAUUUCAUUGAUUCAAAGGACCCUGGACGUAAUUUGAUUUUUAGCAGCGUUCUUAUAGACGCUGAGCGAGUACAAGAAUUGUUCCUGAAAAGCUUUAACAAAAAAUUUCGCCUGAAAGUUCAACAGUUUAAUUUGACGUUCGAGUCUUUGGAUUCUUCUUGGUUCGAAUGGCAUUUUGACCCAAAACAGAAGGACGGUUGCGUCGUAAAAAAGACAAAGCUAACAGUUCAAGAAGCCAACAGCAAGUCAAACCCAUCUUUAAAGACGCCAGAUAAAAAGCAGAAUAGUGAAGAUAUGCCACCAAAUUUAUCCUCCGGUGAAACUAGUACACAAAUUUCUCUGUCCCUGAAAAGACGGAGACCCAUCAUAGAGAAAGAAAACGAACAAAGCAGCAGUAACUUUUCACCAUCUAUAUCUGAAUCUGUGUUAAUGCGUCCAAGAAAGAAGGCAAAAGAAGCAAAUCAGUCCAUCAAUAAAUACCAUGAGGAUGACAAAUCUGAUGUUCCGGUGCUCAAAGAAGAACCGAUGUCACCGGACUAUAAACCAGAUAUGGCUAAUAUCAAGAGGUCACCUUGUGAAAGUGAAGAAACAAAAACCAACCCAUCAAUGAAUUUUCUAUCACAAAACACUCUUAAGAAUGACCUGUCAAGUUCCAUUAAUGAUGCAGACAGUGAUGGUGAGAAUACUCCAUCAGCAAAUACAAACUCACAAAAAUGUCACACUACUCUACAGGAAAGCAGCCAGAACAAUGAGAGUUCAACCCAAAAUAUGAAUGCAAAUUCAGCAAAUGAUGUUGGACUUUUUCAUAAUGGUAUUUCCCAAGAUAGCAGCAACAUUGUUGGUAAGGAUUUGGAUGACAUAGAAGAUGUGCAAAAUGAUAAUAAUGACACAGAUAAAAUCACCAAAACUGUGGAUGACAUCUCCGCCAAUGUUGGCAACACUACAAAUAAUGUAGAUAAUAGCACUGUUGAUAACAAUAACAGUGCAGAGGAGACUAGUAGCAUGGAUGAAUAUGUGCCUGAUAGCAAUAUGCUUGAUGAUGCUAACCGUGGUUCACACAAUGAAUCACCAACAUCCUCCUUGUUGGACGAUUCCAAAAAUAUCAUGGCAAACAUAAAGUUGCAAAGACAAGAACUAUGUACAGAAGAAGAAGUACUUGUAGCAAAUAACCAGCCAUCCGAGCAACCAAGUACUUCCACAGACACCAACUUACAGGUUGAUAGUAACAAACAUGAUUGUGGUGCCAAAGCAUAUUCUAGCAGUGGUGCAUCAUCAACAGUGUGCUUGUGUACAAAUGCAGAGUCAUCUGAACAAAAAUCAAUGGUUGAUACUGUUCGAAAUACUGAAGCCUCGGAACUACUUGAUGGCUUAAGAGCUGCUGGAUUUGUGCCACUUGUUCGAAAAUUGUUGGAAAAUGUCCAAGGUGAUACAAGAUUAUCUCAAAUGGAGCAAGAACUAAACACCAUUGGAAAUCAGAUAAACCAAAAAAGAAAGGCUAAUAGGCAACUUCAAAAGAAUAUAAAGAAGAAAGCUGGAGAGCUUGAAAAAUUGUUUGAUAAUCUGAGAAAAGGCAAGACGCAUUGUGAGAUGCUUGAGCAAAAGUACAAAGCUCUCCAAGAUGAAAAAACUACUGUUGAAGCAAAGGUGAAGAAAUGUUUGGAGGUUUUAAAUUCUGUCGACUAGACUUCCACUGUUCAACUUACACAGUUAAUUGAAACCAAAGCAGAUCUGCAGAUUUUAUUAAGGACAUAAACCUAUGGUGUUCAGCAUUUUACUUUCCCCAAGUAUACAGUGAUAAUGUGCAUGUAAUUGUGCUAAAAGUUGAGUUUAAAAAAGCUAGAAUCCACAUGUUAAUUCUGUUGAAGAAGGCUUACACAUUGUAAUUUGUCAUACAUGGUUUGUAUUUAGGCCUAUGAAAUAGAACAUCCUCGUAACUGCUUUAAACACAGAAAGUUUUGUGUGUUAUAUGAAGUAUUAUUAGCUUGUUAGUUUGGCAAGCCAGUCAAACUGUGUGUCAUGUGCAUCCUGCUAAUAAAAUAAUUUCAACUAAAUCAACCAUAAAGCCAUGCCUGUAGUAAUUUUCAUGGGCACUGCUUUAGCACUGAUAAUCAUGUAUGACAAAUUAGAAUUUGUAAACUACCUUUUUUAUCUUUCUCUUCCUGUUAAUACCAUGAAGUCCUGAGAUAUUUUUAUCAUGAUUUCUUACAUCAGCCUAAAAGAAGUUUAGUAAUGUCAAAUUUCAAAAGGUUGAUGAAACUUCAUUAUUAUCACUGGUAUCAUGUGAAUAGCUUUCAUUAUUAAGAUUAUUUUUUUAAUA